AACCUGCGCUUCAGUGUGCUCUGCACUACAGUUCGUUUUCAUCGCAUUAUUUUCACUGAUACUACCUCUCGGAGGAAUUUUAGCGGUUUUUUAGUCCCUAUAUUAGUUUUCAUUAAUCGCGUUCUGCAGUCCGCCGUUUGUCCCUGACUUAAGUUUAAAGGUCUGAUGGAGGAGCCUGCAGACUCUGGCGGCGGUGCGGCAGCAGAGGGCCCCGUGGUUCAGGUAACGGAGAUCCGAUGGCCCUUAGGAGCGCGUCCUCUGCGGCUGCUUGAGUGGAAGGUGAAGCCCGGAACUCUGGUAAACGUUGACUCCGUCAUCGCCGUAUGCGCACCGAUUCCUACCGAGAGUGAGCCGCGAGCGCCCGAGAGGAAGCUGAAGUCGGAUCGCACAGGAGUCGUGCGGGAACUCUGCUGUCAACUUGGGCAGGUCAUAGCGCCUGGGGGUGUCAUAGCAAAAGUGGAAGAAUGCAGCCAUCCCAUAGUGAUGAAGGGCCUUUGUGCAGAAUGUGGCCAGGACUUAACUCAGCUACAGAGCAAGAAUGGAAAGCAGCACGCUCCCGUCUCCACAGCGACCGUUUCCAUGGUACACAGCGUUCCAGAACUGAUGGUCAGCUCAGAGCAAGCAGAGCAGCUUGGCCGAGAGGACCAGCAUAGACUUCACAGGAACAGGAAGCUGGUGCUGAUGGUGGAUCUGGACCAGACGCUGAUCCACACCACUGAACAGCCCUGUCAGCGCAUGUCCAACAGGGGAAUCUUUCAUUUCCAGCUUGGACGUGGAGAACCAAUGCUUCACACGCGAUUCAGGCCUCACUGCAAAGAGUUUCUAGAGAAGAUCGCCAAACUUUAUGAGCUGCAUGUCUUCACCUUCGGCAGCCGUUUAUAUGCUCACACCAUCGCAGGCUUCUUGGAUCCCGAGAAGAAGCUCUUCUCUCACAGAAUCAUGUCUAGAGAUGAAUGCAUAGACCCCUACUCUAAGACGGGCAACCUCAGAAAUUUGUUUCCCUGCGGAGACUCUAUGGUGUGCAUUAUAGAUGAUAGAGAGGAUGUGUGGAAGUUUGCCCCCAACCUCAUCACAGUGAAAAAAUACAUCUACUUCCAAGGCACGGGGGACAUCAACGCCCCGCCGGGCUCACGGGAGGCUCAGAUGUCCAGAAAACCUGCAGGUAGCCAGGCUGGACGGCCUGCAGAGAACGUGGAGUCUUCUAGUACAUCAGGACAGGAGGAACAAAGAAACGGGCUCAGGAAAUCCAGCAAGGAUCGAAAAGCUGGGCACGAGGAUUCGUCAUCGUCCUCUGCCAGCGCCACUCAGGGACCUUCAGCCAAUGAGAGGACUCACCCCACUGGGGAACAGCCCAAUGAGAGUUCAGAUAAUACUGACAAGUAUAAUGUGAAAGCGGAGGGGGAGGCCAGCUCAGGUGUGACUGAGAUGCCAAAUGCCGCUCCUGACAGCACCUCCAAUGACCUGGAGUUUGACCUCUCAAGUGACAGUGACAACGAAGAGGAUAAAACGGGAUUAUCAGACAGCGAUGGUGAAAAACGGACGGUAGAGGCUGGGAAACGCAAACAGGCAAAAUUGGAUUCUAAGAGCAAAGAGGAUGAUGAAAACGGGGGUAAACAAAGGACAGAAGUGGGAGAUCUUCCAGACACCGAUCUGGAAGGACUUGGUGAUUUAGGGAACGGCUGUUCUGAUAAGAAGGAGGUGGAAACAGAGUCACAAAACAGUGAGCAGUCAGGUGUCACCAUGGGGGAGGAGUCUUUAGACCACAGCAUGGAGGAUGAGGAUGAUGAGGAAGAGGAAGACACCGACCAAGACGACCACCUCAUUUAUCUCGAGGGGGUGUUGGUUCGCAUCCACACGGAGUAUUACUCACGCUACGAGGCCUUACCUCAAAAAGAGAGUUCGGAAAUGCCAGAUAUCCGGAAAAUCGCCCCUGAGCUGAAGGGUCGUACGCUGGCGGGCACCACAAUCGCUUUCAGUGGCCUGUAUCCAUCCAAUUAUCCAAUGGAGCGCACGCGAGAAUGGUACCACGCCAAGGCGCUGGGUGCCAAGGUUGGCAAGACCCUGGUGGUCGAUGCCAAAGACCCAAACCGAACCACCCAUCUCAUUGCAGCACGUUUAGGCACAGAGAAAGUGCGUCAGGCUCUGGGCUGUAAACAUCUUCAUGUGGUGAAUCCUGAUUGGCUGUGGAGCUGCCUGGAACGCUGGGAGCGAGUGGAAGAACAACUCUUUCCUCUCAGAGAGGACUAUAACAAAUCACACAGGAGCAGCAGUCCCGGCACAUUUCCAGACGUCCAGGGUUCUGUCCCGAGGCCUCUGUUCCAGCCCCUUCCCGUCCAGCACAAGUCGCCGCCAGCGCCAGAGAUGCGAACCUAUGACCAUGUCACUGGCAAACUGAUUCGCAGGGGACCGCAGGCCUCUCGCCCUCCCUCUUAUCUUCACUCGCAUGGAUCCUCUAUGUCUCUGCAAGCACAGGGAGAUCUGUCCACCCUCAGGUUAGGUCAGGGGUCUCAGCAGCAGGAUGGGGGUGGAGGUUCGAGUCGCGACAAUGAGCAGCCCGGACCCUCACGGAGGAAACGCCAGCCCAGUAUGUCUGAGUCCAUGCCACUGUAUACACUCUGCAAGGAGGACCUGGACAGCAUGGACAAAGAGGUGGAUGACAUCCUUGGGGAAGAGAGUGAUAAUGAAAGUGAGGAAAAGGGAAAAGAUGAGAAGAUGGAGGAAGAAGAACCCCACACAAGCAGUCAGAGAGGCCCGUCAUCAGAUAACAUGCGGACCCUGGGCGUUGUUGUUGAGGAAGCGGCUCAAAAGUCAACCAGUGCAGAAGUUCGUGUAUCGGAGAGCGCGCCCAGAGGCCACAAAAGGAAGCUGGAGGCCGGAGAAGACAACGAUGAAGAUGGUGAAUCUAGUAAAGACUCCAAUGAGGAUGAGGAGGGCAGCAGCUCAGAGGCUGAUGAGAUGGCUGCCGCACUGGAGGCGGAGCUUAAUGACUUCAUGUAACCUGAUUGGAUGAAAAAGUGAUGCAAAUGAACUGUGCUCCAAUCAAAUCCUUUGUUUUCAUAUGGUACCCGAGAUAUAUAAACAUACGUUUGUGUCGCUGUUAUACAGCGCAAGCUAAUGUGUAUCAAAACAAACGGGGGAAGUAGAUAGACGUGUACAGAUAGUUUUAGUAGGAAAGUUUUAUUGUGAAUUUCUAUACUGUAGAGGUUUGGGGAGUAGGUUUUUGUGUGUUUUACUUAUUUUGUUCAAGUUCCAAAACAAAUUUUUAUAUAAAUGUAAAUGAAAUUAAUAUUGAACUACUUGGUCACGAAUGCCAAAGAGUCUGAACCGGGCCUGUGUGGGCCGGCAGCUAAAAACUCAUCUUACUCCUCAGAAGAUGUUUGGAGGCCUCAGUGGUCCUCACCAGCAGUCAAACUAAGACGUCUGAAUGUGUCUUGCGUUGUCUCUUUGCUUUCUUAUUUCCUUUGCCCAGUGCCGUUAAAGCCCUGAGUGUGACUGACACUGUGCUGCACCAAUCCCAGAACACCAGCACCUUUAGACACGCCCACUAGUCUUGUUACCUGCUAGAAAACAUGAAUAGCCGGUGUGUUUUGUAAAAUGAUGACCGAUUACAUCCUCGCAGUGUGGUAUUAGGAUUAUUUUUGCGAGAGAAGCAGGUGCAGAUCGUCUCUGACCGGGUGUACGGCUGGCUUACGCCACCUUAAACCAACACUGUACAGACUGAUCCGAUCUGGAUUUGUAGGCAUCAAGUGACUUUGAACUCGAGUGCUGAUCUAAGAUCAGUUGUGUUAAACUGCUUCUAGAUUGGUAGGCAUUGUGUUAUGCUUUUUAAAAAGCUGAAUGUCCAGAUUUGAUUAAGUUUUAAGAUUAAAGUGAGAAAAUGGUCUCUUCGUGGUAUCUUUUCUCUUCGUGUCUUGUUUAGGACUGAUGCAUUUCCUUUUCUUGUGUUGUUGUUGUUUUCAACAAUGUGAAGUGUUUGUAUAUUCUAUUUCAUACCUGACCAAGAAGAUGCUUUUCAUUUAAUAAAGAUUUGUUUUAUAAUA